CUCCCACCCCGCACCUCUCCCCUCCCCCGCCAGCUGCAGUGCUGUGGCAAUAGGAAGUUUUUCCUGGCAGAUGGGACCCAGCCAUAUUUGUUUCACUUCCUUAAAGCUGAGAACCCCAAGUGGGUGGAGGUGCAGCCCAGCUCCUUGGACCCAGGGCUGCCCGAGCCCAGCACAGAGCAGGUCCCGAGCGCUGCACUGGCCGCGCUGGGCCUGGGGCUGCUGUGGGUCGCUGGCUUCACUUGGUUCGUUCGUGCUCCUGUUCCUGGGGUGCUGGGCGCUCUGUGUCUGCAGGAGACAUGGACGGGGGAGGGCAGCUGGUUUCGAGGGGAAUUUGGUGCCUGAGGGGCCUGGCCAGGACGUGCCAGGUGAAGGGCGUUGGGAUGAGCUGGCCGGGGCAGGGCAGAGUCAUGCGGUGUUUGCCUUGGGGCAUCCCUGCAGGCCGCCUGGCAUUUGGGUCUGAAAUCAGGGCACCCUCCUGACGUUCGAGCUGUGCCAGGAGCAAUUGUGUCGCCCCUCUGCAGAGACCCCCCCCCCACCUCGGUUCACAUGGACAACUUGAAUAACUGUAAUUAACGCAGCAACAUGGCGCUUGGCCCAAGCCACCCUCUGGCAUUGCCUAACGAGCUGGAAGUCAUCACAGUAAUUGCUGCUGCUUCAGGGCUUUAAUGAUGAUUUAAUUGGUGACAACUCAGCGGGUUGGGGGUGAGGAAGGUGGCCGGACGGGACCAGCAGGGGCAAAUCCUGCCACUGCUCAGACGGGCGCGGACGCUGCCUGGCUGGGAGUUGAACUCCAUGCCGGGGACUCACGAGAAACACGCAACACUUCUGCUGGGGUCAGCCUGGAUCCCAACCUCACUCCCCUCGGGGCCAGGAACUGCUAGAUCUAGCCCUGAGCCCUGGGCCAAAUCCUCAGCUGGUGCAAAUCAACGACGUGCCCUCAGGCCUGCAGUGCACCAGCUGGGGUGGAGGGUUUAGAGGGGAGAAGCCUUUGUCUCCGGCCUGGCCACUACUUCAUGGUGCCCUUUUCCGGCCCCCCCCCCAUGGCUCGUUACUCUCCUUUCCCCUUAACUACGGGGCACCGCAGAGGCCUGUGAAUCGGGUGUUGUCUGCUGCAGUUAUUGGGUGGGGUGAAGGAGGCCCCAUCUGGGGCAGCGCCAGCCAGCCAUGACUUUGGCAAGGGGCUGUGGCCAUCUGACAGCAGCCCCCUGCGGCCCCCCAUGCUGGGUGCUGCACCCCAGGGCGAACAGAUGGCCUUGCCCAGGAGCUCAUGCCCUCCCCCUCCCCACAGAUCUGUAUGAAGCUGUGGAGCCCUUGCUGCCCACCUUGCAGGAGCUGGGCAUCGUGGUGUGGGUGCUUGCCCCGGGCCCCUGCCCACCGGGGGUCACCAGCCUGCAGGAGCUGAUGGAGGAGGCAUCCGAAGAGCCGGUGCCCUCAGACUUAUCCACGCCCAAGGACAUGAUGGACACCUGCCUCUAUAUCUUCACCUCAGGCACCACAGGGCUGCCCAAGGCUGCCCGCAUCAGCCACCUCAAGUGCAUCAUGUGCCUGGGCUUCUACCGCCUGGUGGGGGCCUCCAGCAAGGACGUGAUCUAUGUGGCGCUGCCCCUGUACCACAUGUCGGGCUCCCUGCUGGGCAUCGUUGGCUGCAUCGGGAUCGGUGCCACAUGUGUGCUGAAGAGGAAGUUCUCAGCCAGCCAGUUCUGGGGCGACUGCCAGCACUACAGGGUGACUGUGUUCCAGUACAUCGGGGAGCUGUGCCGCUACCUCGUCAACCAGCCCAAGGGAGAAGGGCAGCGGGAGCAUGGCCUGCGCCUGGCUGUGGGCAGUGGGCUGCGGCCCGACGUCUGGCGCGAAUUCCUGCGGCGCUUCGGCAACGUCCGCAUCGUGGAGACCUAUGGCAUGACCGAGGGCAACGUCACCUUCUUCAACUACACCAGCACCCUGGGGGCGGUCGGCCGCGGCAGCUUCCUCUACAAGCUCUUCUGCCCCUUCGAGCUGGUGCGCUACGACGUGCUGCAGGGGGCACCGGUGCGGGACGCGGCCGGGUGGUGCCAGCGGGUUGGCCCAGGCGAGACGGGGCUGCUGAUCGCACCGGUGACCCCCCAGAACCCCUUCCUGGGCUACGCGGGGGGCAGGGAGCUCUCGGAGCACAAGCUGCUGCGCGGGGUCUUCGCCGAGGGAGACGCCUACUUCAACACAGGCGACCUCAUGGCCCAGGACGCCGCCGACUUUGUGUAUUUCCGGGACCGUACCGGGGACACCUACAGGUGGAAAGGUGAGAACGUCGCGACGACGGAGGUGGCCGAGGCCCUGGCCACGCUGGACUCGCUGCAGGAAGCCAAUGUCUAUGGGGUCGCCGUGCCAGGGUACGAGGGCCGUGCUGGGAUGGCUGCCAUUGUCCUGCGGCGGGGCUGCGAGCUGGAUGGGGCCCAGCUGUACAGCCACGUGGUGGAGUUCCUGCCCCCCUACGCCAGGCCCCGCUUCCUGAGAGUGCAGGACCACCUGGAGACGACACAGACCUUCAAGCAGCACAAGGUGCGUCUGGCCAGCGAGGGCUGCGACCCCACGCGCCUCCCGGACCCGCUGUACCUGUUAGACGACACCUCGGAGGCCUACGUGCCCCUGACCCCACGGCUCUGGGAAGGCGUCGUCUCGGGGGCUGUCCGGAUAUAACCCCCCACCGCACCCGCCUCGGGGUCCCUCUGGCUGGGGGUCACCUGGGGAGACUACGAGUCCCAGCAUGCACAGCUCAGCCCCAUUGCAUGCUGGGAGCUGUAGUCUCUGGAUGCUUGGGCAGCUGAGCUGAUGGGCCAGUGCUCUGGGCUGCUGCCUGCCCUGGGGCGGGAGCUGGGGGAUGAACAGGGCUCAGUGGCUGCAGGUUUUUUGCCCACGUUGCAGCCUCUGGUCCUUCCAGCUCCCUCCCCACUGCGCCCCAUGUGUCACCCCCCACACUUCCUGGUCCCCCCCUCCCCUGUGCACACCCCACUCCUCUGCCCCAGGGGGCUGGAAGCUGGGAGCUCAGCCAUCUCGUCCUGGCUCACCUGUGCCUGUCUCCAGCAGGGUGGUGCUAUGGGUUGUGCUGGGCUGUGUCCUGCAUCCCCCCUCCCUGCACUUGGGGGCAGCUCCCAUCCUCACUGGACCUCGGCUCUGGACGGGCUCCCUGCCCUGGGCGUUGGGGCCAAGGGAGCUGCCUGCGCGCCACAGGGUCACGCAGUGGGCGGGCGGCGG